AUGGAACAGGACAACCAGACAUGGGUGCAUGAAUUCAUCCUCCUUGGCCUGUCCAGUGACUGGAACACUCAAGUCUCCCUCUUCAUCCUGUUCUUGCUGAUGUACCUGCUGACAGUAUUGGGGAACUUCCUCAUCAUUCUUCUGAUCAGACUGGACAGCAGACUCCACACUCCCAUGUACUUCUUUCUCAACAAUCUGUCCCUGGUGGAUGUGUCUUAUGCCACAAGCAUAGUCCCCCAGUUGCUGGCUCAUUUCCUUGCCACACACAAAGCAAUUCCAUUUCUAAGUUGUGCAGCCCAGUUAUUUUUUUCCUUGGGCUUGGGUGGGAUUGAGUUCCUUCUCCUGGCAGUGAUGGCCUAUGACCGCUAUGUGGCAGUGUGUGACCCUCUGAGGUAUUCAGUCAUCAUGCAUACAGGGCUAUGCACAAGGCUCGUCAUCACAUCUUGGGUCAGUGGCUCCCUCAACUCUCUUGUGCACACUGCUAUCACCUUCCAGCUGCCCAUGUGCACAAAUAAGUAUAUUGAUCACAUUUCCUGUGAAAUUCUAGCUGUGGUCAGAUUGGCCUGUGUGGACACUUCAUCCAAUGAAAUUGUGAUCAUGGUUUCUAGCAUUGUCUUGCUUAUGACCCCUUUUUUCCUAGUUCUCUUGUCUUACAUCCAGAUCAUCUCCACCAUUCUGAAAAUCCAGUCCACAGAGGGAAGGAGAAAGGCCUUCCACACGUGUGCCUCCCACCUCACUGUGGUAACACUAUGCUAUGGUACCACCAUUUUUACCUACAUCCAGCCCCACUCCAGCCCCUCGGUCCUUCAGGAGAAGUUGAUUUCCCUUUUUUAUGCCAUAUUGAUGCCCAUGCUGAACCCUAUGAUUUAUAGUCUAAGGAAUAAGGAGGUAAAAGGAGCCUGGCAGAAACUAUUAGGGAAAUUAUCUGGGUUCACAUCAAAACUGACAAGUGGAUGA